GUCACAAGAAUAUUGCUGAACUUCUUAUUAGUAAAGGAGCCAAUGUUAAUGGUGAAAAUUAUUUGAAAGAGACACCUCUUCAUUUAGCUGCUGAGAAUGGUCACAAGAAUGUUGCUGAACUUCUCAUUAGUAAAGGAGCCAAUGUUAAUAGUGAAAAUGAUGUGAAAGACACACCCCUCCAUUUAGCUGCUCGGUUUGGUCACAAGAAUGUUGCUGAACUUCUCAUUAGUAAAGGAGCCAAUGUUAAUAGUGAAAAUGAUGUGAAAGACACACCCCUCCAUUUAGCUGCUCGGUUUGGUGAUAUGAGUGUCGCUAAACUUCUCAUCCGUAACGGAGCCAAUACUGGUAUUAAAAAUAAUGCGAAUCGUGUACCCCUUCAAAUAGCUGUUAAUAAUGGUCACAAUGAGGUCGCCAAACUUUUUAUAGGUAAAGGAAACAAAAUUAAUAUUGCAGAGCAAUUGGAAUAGAUUCAAUUGCCUACUAACAAUGGUGACGAAUAGCUGAACCAAUUUAGGUGAAUAAUCGGAUGAUUUCCUUCGAUUCCCCUUUUCGAUUGUAGUGUAGAAUUAAUUUCAAAACAUUUUUUUGUCAAUCUAUAACCAUACCAACCAAUAUUGUUGCUUUGUUGGACCAUCGAUUAAUAUUCUGUCAAAAAGCAGCUCAAGUUAUUUGACUUUUUAAUUGCUCACAGUAUAGGUAUUGGUAUGGAGUAGAUUUUUUUUAAAUU